AUGUCUGUUGCUAUGGAUAGAGCUUUAAUGGCUCUUUCUUUGGAUGAAGAAGAUGAGCCUUUUGAGAUGCCGGAUCUUCCGGGCUUCUGUUCGAACGAAAAGAAUCUGCUAAGCAUUGUGGGGAGAGUUCUUAACCCUGAAUGUCAAAAAAUGUCUUCUCUUAUCUGGAGGAUGCCUGGAAAAUGGCAAAAGGAAGGUAAAUGUCGUGGUGUGGCUCUCUCACAAGAGCGUUUUCAAUUUUUCUUCGACUUUGAGCAUGAUUUGGUGGAGGUUCUGGAGAAAGGGGUCCAUACCUUCAAUGAAUGGGUCAUUGUGAUCGAAAGGUGGGUUGAAGAACCCCCAGAUGACUAUCUGCAGUUCAUUCCGCUUUGGGUGCGAAUAAGCAAGUUACCAACGAGCUACUACACGGAGGAAGCCAUUAUGGCUCUGGGUGAACUUGUGGGUGAAGUUAAAGAGAUAGUUUUUGUUCCCUCGAAACCUCAGACUCAACCGUUUAUCAGGCUACAGGUCAGGUUCAAUGUAGCUAAGCCUCUUAGAAUGGCAAAGAUGGUGACUACUAAAGGAGGCAAGUCGUGGUCAAUUCACUUUGAUUAUGAAAGAAUUCAGAAACGCUGUUUUACUUGUCAGAGAUUAAAUCAUGAGCAAAAAAUUUGUCCUCUCAUGGUAAGGAAGAGACAAGAUGAGGCUAUGGCACGACGUCAAGUGGUUGCUAAAGAGCUGGAGAAGAAGAAGUCGGUUCUUAAUGAAAAUGAUCCCCUCUAUGGUGUGCUCAGGGAGGAUCAGGUGGGGAUUAUUUCUCUUACUGGUAGGCCUAAAUUUGCGAAGGAAGUGAUGGAUGAAAUGAGGCAGUACUUGCUUUUGGCUUCAGAAGAAGACAAAUUCAUAAGGGAAGACAGAGUUAGAAAGUCUGUAGCUGAAGUGGAACAAGAUCCUAUGUUGCAGAGGAUGGUCCUUAGACAGGAACCACCUCCUAUCAUCUCGUAUGACGUGAACAAAGGGAAGGGGAUCGUUUUCAACUAUGAAGAGAACGUUAAGCGGCUCAGAAGUAGCGCUGGAGUCCCUGCAUCUGAAAAACUGAUGGCUUCGGCCAUUGGUGCGGGAAUGGCGAUGAGGUUAGGACCGAAGCCAAUGGCCCUUACCGAGAGUGAAGAUGCUAAUUUUGGCUUUAAUGCUAGGGCACUUUCGUCUGGUUCAACGGUGUUUAGCACGGGUUUCUCGGAACCUUGUGCUCCUUCCGGGACCAAGAAGAAGGUUUACCAAAGAAGACGCCCUCCAAACUCUAAAAGGAAAUUGAGAACUAUUGGGGAGCCUUUCAUUGAAGGAGCGGCUUCUACAAGCAAGGCGGCUGGUAAACUAAUCGUAGGAGGAGUGAAGAGAAAGGUAGAGAUUGAAGAAGGGGAACUUCUAAUCUCGGUGAGGUCCAAAUCCCUAAAGGAGUGGUUGGGUUAUGACAGAGUUUUCACGGUGAAUCCUAGAGGUUUGAGUGGUGGCUUGGCUCUAUUUUGGAAAAGCACCAUCAAAUUGGAUAUUAAGUAUGCGGAUAAGAAUCUGAUCGAUAUGCAUGUUCAGUUUGGGGAAUUUAGUUUUUUUUUCUCGUGUAUAUAUGGUGAGCCUUCUCAUGAAGGGAAAAGUAUUGUUUGGGAGAGGCUGAGCAGGAUUGAAGUUGGUAGGAAAGAGCAAUGGUGUUUGGUUGGUGAUUUCAAUGAAAUUCUGAAUAAUAAUGAGAAAUUGGGUGGGCAUGUUAGAGCUGAAGAGUCUUUUCAGCCUUUCGGGGAUAUGCUCUCAGCGUGUGGCGUGGAGGAAUUGGAGUCUUCUGGAGACAGGUUCACUUGGUCGGGGCAGAGAUGGAAAAAAUGGAUCCAAUGCUGUUUGGAUAGAGCGUUUGGGAACAAGGAAUGGCUGCGACUGUUUCCUGGAUCCAAUCAGAAAUUCCUAGACAAGCGGGGUUCUGAUCAUAGGCCGGUCCUGUUGAAUCUCCAGUCCUCUCAAGUAGCCUUCAAGGGUCAGUUCAGGUUCGAUAAAAAGUUUCUCUUUCAACCCAUGGUUAAAAAGAAAAUCCUUGAGACUUGGAGUACAAGAAGUGCUGGUGCUGAGAACCGGAAUGUGUCUAAAAGAUUAAGAGACUGCAGAGGUGUUCUGAGUCGUUGGAAGAAAUCGAGGGUAUUUAAUGCAAGAGACAGGAUCCACUUACUUGAACACCGUCUGGAAUGGUUUGAGUCUAGGAACUACCCUUGCUUCCAUGCUAUCAGGGUGAUCAAGAAAGAAUUGUACAAGGCCUAUAGAGAGGAGGAAAUUUUCUGGCAGCAGAGAAGUCGAGAACGGUGGCUACGUCAUGGUGAUAGGAAUUCUAAAUUCUUCCACGACUCAGUGAAAUCUGAUCGCUCAAGGAAACUCUUAAGCAAGAUUAAGGAUAUCAAUGGGAUUGAGCAAUGGUCGGAGGCAGCAAAAGCUCAAGUUGUUGUGGACUACUUCUCUGUUUUGUUCAAAUCUUCGAACCCAUCAAGUUUCCAGCUGAUAUUUCAAGACAUGGUCCCUCGUGUCACGGCUGCUAUGAAUGAAAGAUUGGUGGCUGAUGUUACUCGUGAAGAAAUCAGAGAUGCCGUGUUUAGUAUCAAAGCUUCUAGUGCGCCUGGACCUGAUGGUAUGACUGGGCUGUUCUUUCACCAAUACUGGGACAUUGUGGGUCUGCAAGUAACAGCAGAAGUUCAGAAGUUCUUCAACACUGGGGUAAUGCCGGAUGAUUGGAACUUUACCCACAUUUGUUUGCUGCCUAAAGUUCAGGAUCCUGAGCUGAUGAGUGACUUACGACCAAUCAGCCUGUGCUCGGUCCUCUAUAAGACUAUCUCGAAGAUAAUGAGAUACUCAUCAAACAUUGGGAUUGCUCAUGAGGCGGUUCAUGCUUUACGCUCUCAUCGUGAGGUGGAAAAGGAGUUUAUGGUGGUAAAAACGGAUAUGUCAAAGGCCUACGAUAGGAUUGAAUGGAGUUAUUUGAGGAGACUGCUAGAAGCUCUAGGAUUUGAUCAGAAGUGGGUUGGUCUUGUUUUGGCAUGUGUGUCCUCGGUGUCUUUUGCGGUGUUGAUUAAUGAUCAACCUUUUGGCCUCAUAAAACCGCAACGAGGGAUUCGCCAGGGUGACCCUCUAUCUCCGUUCCUUUUUGUGUUGUGCACGGAAGGGUUAACUCAUAUGUUAAACAAGGCAGAAAAGGACCAGCAGCUUUGUGGUGUAAAGUUUUCAGAGCAUGGUCCAUCUAUCCAUCAUCUCCUAUUUGCCGACGACAGCCUCUUCAUGUGCAAGGCGUCGGAGUCGCAAGCGAGGGUCCUUCAUGUUGUCUUGCGGACCUAUGGAAAAGCCACGGGUCAAGCCAUUAAUGUACAGAAGUCGGCGAUAUCUUUUGGUAGAUUGGUGAGGCAGGAGGAAAUAGAUUCUAUAUCUCAGGUGCUGGGAAUAUUUAACGAAGGAGGCUCCUCCAAAUACCUCGGGCUCCCGGAGUGUUUCAGUGGCUCUAAGGUUGACCUUUUCGGCUAUUUACGAGAACGAGUCACUGCUCGGCUCAAUGCUUGGUACCUACGGAAGCUCUCUCAAGGUGGCAAGGAGAUUAUACUCAAAGUCGCAGCUUCUGCCUUGCCGGUCUUUGCCAUGUCAGUUUAUAAAAUCCCAAAGACAGUUUGUGGUAAAAUUGUAUCAGUUAUGGCUGAUUUCUGGUGGGGGUCUGACUUACAUAAGAGAAAGGCGUGGAAAGUGCUAUCUGCACCUCAAUGCCUUCUUGCUCGGUUCCUGAAAAGUAGAUACUUCCCUGAGGUUGAUUUUUUAGAGGCGAAACUUGGAAACCGUCCAUCUUAUGGUGGAGGAGCUUGCUGUUUGGGAGAGAGUUGCUACGGAAGGGGAUUCAGAAGAGAGUAG